AUGGCCGCGGAGGAUUUCAUCAUACAGUUCAACAAUCCUCCGGAUGCGUUCGGCGGACUAGGACCGGCGUUGCCCCCCUUCAAUGGGCCCAACGAGGGGUUCAUCGCGCCGGCAGUUCGCCCAGAAAGUCCAUUCUUCGGCUUAGCACGUGAGAGGUACCCCGUCAUUGGGGACACAUCAACAACGCGAAUGUGUUUAGGACGAGGAAUUGGGGCAGGCAACCCUGCUGGCCAAAGCCACGUGCGUGGCAACCUGUGCCCACCGGACUGGGCCAGGAUCCCCUUGCCCAGCUACGAGAAGGACUGCUUCCGCGAUCGCACUGUGACCUCACAGCGAUCGUCGGAAGAAGUAGAGGCCUUCCGGAAGGCUAAUGACGUCGUUGUCACGGCUCGAGACAUGCUCGAUCCCAUCCUGCACAUAGAGGAAGCCAGCUUUCCCGAAUUCCUCAGAAGAAACAUCGAGGCACGCAACACUGGAUCGUCGGUGACUGCAUUGCAAGCGCAGUGCUGGCCAGUAGCACUACGCGGCCAGGACCUCGUGGCCUUCAGUAAAUCAGCUUCCGAAGAAAAUGCACUCGACUACUUGGCUCCGGGCAUAGUUCACGUACAACGGCAGCCGGCCGUGCCGCUGGGUUGUGGCCCUAUAGUGUUGGUUCUGACGGUGACCCAGGAGGCUGCCCAACAGGUAAGGGUUGUCUCUGACCUUCUAGUCGAAGGCUCCGGGAUGCGAACAAUGUGCAUCGUGUGCGGGAAUGCGAAGCGGCCACAGCUGAAGCAGCUCGAAGAAGGCGCCGAGAUAUGCGUCGCAACGCCUGGUCGCCUUGUAGCCUUCAUGGAGAACUGCAAGAUAAACCUAAACCGCUGCACUUAA